AUGUGGGUCGUGUGGAUUAAGAACAGGGUCACCCACAGUGCUUUGCCUGCCUCCAUCACACCAAUGGAGGCGUGGUCCGGCCAGAAGCCGCAUGUGGGCAUGGCUCGGAUUUGGGGUUGCAUGGGGAGUGUCAUACUGCAUGGGCAUGAGAAGGGUGGCAAGCUUGAUGCACGAACUGUCAUGUGUGUCUGUGUUGGGGUGGACAUGGAGAGCAAGGGUUGGUGCAUGCUGGACCCUUCUCUCAUGCGCAUUCGCAUUGCUCGGGAUGUUGAUUUUCUUGAGAAUGUGAUGUGGAAGGAUUGGGACAAGGCAAAGGGAUUUGGGGAGCUUCUGCAGGAUGCAGCUGCGAUUUCCCAACUCCUCCCUCUUCCACUCUCGCCACCCUCAGCAACGGCUGACGACGUUGAGAUGCCACCUUCAUCACUGCCACCGGCACCGCUGAGUGUGUCGGUGCAGCAGCAACCCACCCCUCUGCAGCAGCUCAGUGGCCCCUCGGUCAUUCAGCGGAGAUCCGCUACACAGGCUACUUCCUCUUCCUCCUCCUCUGGUCAGCGCUCUGUCCCUCUCUCUACGGGUGCCCCUCCGUCACCAGCGACUACCUCCCCACCACCGGUUACGGGUUUGCAGGUGCUUGGUAUCCAGUCUGGUACAGGUGGUGAGGAGGUAGGGGGGGAUGCUGGUGUGGUUGAGGGCAUGCUGUGUUUGGCCAGGGAGGUGGAAGGGCCCUGCGUGGAAGGCAGGCGCUGA